UAAUAUCUGUAUCUCAGUUAUUUUGUGUCAUCUAUAUUCCCUUUCAAUCACAUGAAAACGGAAUGUAAUUUCGAGAGAUGAUUAAGUAAUAAGCACCUCAACAUUUAUGCUUAUUGCAUAGGACAUUUAAUUUACUCUAAAAAUGUGGAGCUUAUUCAAAGACCCAUUAAAAGAACAUUUAACAUCUUUUUUACAGAAUUUAAGACUCAACGUUUCAUGGACCGUGAUUGCUAAGAGACUGAUAUUUGAGAAAAGUCAGCCAACUCCCUUGUGGGGAAUGAAUACUUCUACAGUGUGGAAUUUCUGAAACUCAAGUCUGAUUGGUCAGGCAACCUCUGACGUAAGAGCUCAGCCCAUUUUCUCCUGACCGAGAGAACUGUUUUGGAAUUUUCACAGCUUGAAGUUCCAUUAAACGCCCCAAAUCCGCACCCGCAUGCACACACCACACUUUCUUAGUUCUGCUCUUUUGAUCGGCAUGAAUUAUUCACUUGGAUUUCUGCUCUGUAUGGGACUCCUGCAAACGACUGCGAGGGCCGUCCGUAUGGAUAAACUAGCAGAUAACAAGAUCUGUGGAGAUGCAGAAUGCUCACAUGUCCUCUCCAUGGCCACAGCCUUAGAUGACUUCACAGCUCCUGACUGCAGGUUCAUCAACAUUAAGAUGGGUCAGACGGUCUAUGUGUAUUCUAAACUCAUUCCAGAGGAGGGCGCCGGAGUCUUCUGGUCUGGGAGUGUCUACAGCGAGCAGUAUAUGCACCAGAUGGGCGUCAUUGGAUACUUUCCUGCAACUAUGGUAAAGGAGACACAGACGUUUACAGAAGAUGAAGUUAAGAUUCCCACGACUAACAUGGACUUCUACUGUGAAUAAGACAUGGCAGACUGAAGCCUCUUUCUUCUCAAGUGUGGCUUUUUGUUCCUCCGGGCUUUAUGAAGGAGGGUUUUCUCUCGCCAGGUAGUCACACCAUCUAUCAGUACGUCCUGUGGUGUUGUCUCCAAAUGGAACAAAAAACCUGAGCACUCUCAGCCCUCCGUAAACCCAUAGCCUAACAUUACACUUAAUAAGACACUAUAAGUACUUGUAUGUAUGUCACUACAACGUGUGUAUUAUUAUUGAGAAGAUAAAAGGGUAAUGGCAGUUGUGUUUUACAUAUCUGCUGUCCCAUCUAGUUACUUACUUUGAUAUGCUGUGAAUAUUUUCUCUUGUUAUUAUCACAUUCAAGUCUUGAAUUGGCAGCAGGGAGAGAUGUUAGCUGCUUCUCUUCUCUUUUUAAAAAGACAUGUGGUGCUUUGAAGGAAUAAUUCCACGAAAACGCUUCAUCACACAUAGCCGAGUAUUCAUGCUAGCUUGCGUUAAACAGGUGAUUAUUUUUAGUAUUUAGUUUUUACUGCCAAUUAAUAUGCAACUCCUCCAUCUGAAAACAACGGGAGUAUCUUAAUGCGCAGUACAAAACCAUUUUGAACCGUGUGUUUUUUCACCCAGACUCAAUCAUCGCUCUGUCUCUAUUUUCCCCUUCAUCGGCAUGAAGCAAAGGUAAAUAAAAUAAAUCUAUAAGUCACAAGGCUUA